GCCCGCCCACCCCUAGGCAAUGACGUCACAUUCCCGCGCCGCCGCCAUCGAGUGGCUUUGAGCACAAUGGGUCCCAUCGAGCUACUGCACAUGUCUGUGUUCUCACAAAGUUUUUCGCCAUGCGGACGAUUUCUCGCGGCGGGAAACAACUAUGGUGAGAUCGCCAUCUUCAGUUUGUGUGCAGCUCUUAGUCCAGAUGUGUCCGAGGCGGCUCGAAAACCAGUUUUAACGUUUACAGCUCACGAAGGUCCGGUCUUCUGCCUGGCGUCGGCCAGCGGCCAGCUUCUGAGCAGCGGUAACGGCGAGGUCAGCGCCUGGAACUGGGCCGAGCUCAUCAAGAAGAGUGUCAAAGCUGUGUGGACCAAGAGACCAGACUACAAGUCCAGCAUGGAGAUCCCAGAGAUCAACGCCAUGGUCAUCAACCCACGAGACAACAGUCUGCUGAUUGGCGGUGGUGACAACAACAUCCAUGUCCUGGAUUUGGAACAGGGUGUCUUCAAGUGUGUCUUCCAGGGACAUUCGGACUACGUGCACUGUCUGAGCGUGAGGGACCGCGAUGGCGAGGUCCUGUCAGGCAGUGAGGACGGCGCCGUGAGGAUGUGGGACAGCAGGACGGCUCAAUGUGUCCACUGCGUGGACGUGCACAAGUACCAAAAGUGUGCACGGCCGCAGUUUGGAAAGUGGAUCAGCUGUUUGACCACGGACUCGGACUGGAUGCUCUGCGGCGGUGGUCCGUUUUUGUCACUGUGGCAUCUUCGGUCGCUGACGCCGACCUCCAUCUUCCCGCUGAGUGGCUGCCAGAGACAAGCCAGCUUCUACCAGGACAUGAUUCUGGCGGUGGGCGAAGGCCCGUUUGUGUCCCACUGCCUGUUGGGGGGGGAAGUCAAGGCUCAGAUCCCUUGUAGCCCCCCAAACCUCAACAGCCUGCAGCUCAACACCAACAGCACGGAGAAUCAGGUGUUGACGGUGGCGGGAAGCAGCGAGCACGUGGACGUGUUCACCAACGUGUCGUACAAGGCCUUCUCACUCAGCUUCUGAUGGGCUCCUUUGUCAAGCUAGCAAUAAAAGAUGUGCAUGGCAGGAAGUGGUUUUAUUCACCU